AGGAAGCUGAAGCUGUAGAAUGCAGAGAAAAAUCAAGAAAAUUGCAAACAGAAAUCAUCAAAUUAGUAUUUUCCAUAUAUUUUCGAGUGUUAAAGUCAACAAAGGCUUCAUCAUUACUAACACCAAUUCUCAACGGACUUUCCAACUUUGCUUAUCUCAUUAACUUGGAUUUCUUUGUUGAUCUCAUGUCUGUUUUAAAGAAUCUUGUCAACUCUGAGGAUGUUUCCACCAAUGAUAAACUACAUUGCAUUUUGACAGCAUUUAAGAUACUCUCAGAUCAAGGUGAAGCUUUGAACAUUGAUCUGCGAACAUUUUAUAGUUAUUUGUACUCAAGUCUUGUGGGUUUUCAUUCAGAUCAUGAUAUGAAAACUGUUCUGGAGUGUCUUAAUAUCAUGAUUAGUAAGAGAAGAAAACAGGUGUCUAUACAAAGACUUCUUGCUUAUGUCAAACGACUAUGUACCGUUGCCUUAUAUAAUUCCAUUCCGAAUUCGCUUUCUUUGCUCUGCUAUGCAAAACUAUUUCUGCAGAUGAAUGCUAAAAGUGACAUCGUAUUAUGUAAUGAUAGUGCAUUAAAUGGACAGUUUUUUCCUGAUAUUAUUGAUCCAGAAUAUUCAAACGCCGAUAAUACAUCGCUCUGGGAACUGACUUUGUUUCGUAAACAUUAUAACAUGACUGUGAGAAACUAUGCUUCUCAUAUCUCUUUGGGAAUUCCAGACAAUGGUCAUGGAUCUUUAACGAAUCAAUUAUCACGAAAGACGCCAAUAAAUUUAAUGGAGGAUUUUACCGAAGACAAACUUCUCGAAGUUAUAACUGAAAUGAAGUCACUGCCAAAAAAGUCUUUGAAAAGACGAACUUGGACUGAGGAUGUGAAUGAUUUUGUUACACGAGAUAUCAAAAAAUAUGUCAAUGAUUGCAUGGAGUGGCUCAAAAAACAAAGCUAAACAGAUGACUUUGAACAAGUAAACUUUAGUAAAGUCAAAAGUUGAGAAUUUUUAUUGAACGAUAUGAAAAUUUAAAAGUUUCUGCAUGAUUUCUUUUCCACGAAAACACCAGUUUUCCACCAGCAAUGGGAAAAAAUGUUGAGUUUGCUAUUGAACAAGUGCUUUUAUGCUGUCA